AUGCCCAGCGACGAGUACGCCGCCAUCAGCGGUGGCGGAAAACUGAAACUAAAAGGCUCCAAAGUCAAAGAUGGUCGGAUAGACAAGACGAAAAAGAAGAAAAAGAAGGCCGAGCCAGAAGGAGCUACAGCAACGACUGGGAAAGAAGCAGAAGAAGAAGCCCUAGACGGGCCGAAUGACGCUAUCGACAAGAAGUUGGAUGAGGAGUUAUCGGAUUCGGGCGAGAAGAGAGUCGUAUUCAAGACUGAGGCAGAGAGGAAACAUGAAGAGCAACGAAAGAAGAGGUUAAACGACAGACUGCGCCGGGAAGGCGUCAAAACACACAAGGAACGAGUGGAGGAAUUGAAUCGAUAUCUGAGUACGCUCAGUGAGCAUCACGACAUGCCAAAAAUCGGACCAGGAUAA